UUAUGAUAAUCUAUCAGUGAGCAGCACUAGGGCGACCAAAUCGACCUGCAUACAGCUCUGGACUGGAUUAUCGCAGACAAGAUUAAGCACUUAAUUAAGAAGGAUUAAGCACUUAAUUAAGAAUCACGCUUACGACCGUACAAACACAAUUAGCAGCUUCCGAAAAAUAGAAAAAGUUUGCGCUCUGUUUGGCACGGAAGCUAAUUUAACCAGAGGAGGAGACAAAGCAAACCAAACAGGCAAACCGCGAAAUCAACCGGAUCCUCCCUGUAUUUAUAUUUUGCGAAUUCCGAGACGGACAAGGAACAGCAAUCCUAUCCAAUCCAAUCCUGCAGGAUUUCUCAGCUGGAAAAAUAGCAUAUAUUUGCUCUUAGCUCUCCGGCUCGUAGCUUUCCGGAUACAGAUUCUCGGCAACCAACCAAUUGAAGGUUUGAGAUUGAAGUUAGCAUUGGGAAUCAGGUGCGGAAAUCGAAUUCGAAUGGCCGCUGCCGCGGCUUGCAGACGGGUCGCCCAACUGGGGACCGGGUCGGGGAUCGGAUUAUCCGGUUUCGGAGGGGCCGGUGGUGCCUCGAGAGCGGUGUCUCCGUCGUUGGAGUACAGGCAUUUGGAUUGCAGGCUGACUUCUCAGCUGGUCAAAUCAAAUGGAAAGCGGUUGUUUCUCGUCGAUACAUUAGCGUUGGUUAGGAGAUUAGAGGGACAAGGCGUGCCCUCGAAGCACGCGGAGGCAAUAACAUCUGCCAUUACUGAAGUUUUGAAUGACAGCUUGGAAAAUGUGUCUCAUUCAUUUGUUACAAAAGGAGAGAUGCAGAAAACGGAGAUGAUCCAAGAAUCCAACUUGUCCAAAUUCAAAUCCGAAAUUCAAAGUGCGCAGGGACACCAUUUUUCUUUGUUGCAACACGAGACUGAAAAACUUCGGAAUGAUAUAGAGAAGAUGCGGAGUGAAUUGAGGUAUGAAAUCGACAAAGUUACUGCAGGACAGCGGUUGGACUUGAACCUGGAAAGAGGGAGGAUACGAGAAGAGCUAUCAAAUCAGAGUGCUGAAACCAAUAACCUCACUAACAAACUUGAUCGGGAAAUUCAUGCUUUAAGGGCUCAGGUGGAAGCAGCAAAAUACGAUGUCAUAAAAUACUGCAUAGGUUCUCUUGUUUCGAUAUCUGCUGUCGGUCUUGCUAUACUCCGUAUCUUAAAGUAAACUUGUUCUAUAGUUAACGAUGACAAGUCCCAAUAGGGGAAAACUGGGAAAGGUUUCAUUCUUUUCAAGCUGUUGUAAUUUUAAGAAAUGUGAUAAAUAUGUGAAAGAUAAGGCAAAGUCAUUACAUUGUAAGUUGGAUCAAGGAAGCAUUCAAUUACGCAAAACUCAUAUUUUUGUCC